UUAUGACCGAAAAGCAUCCUUGUUUUAUAGCAGUUCAUGUUGGUGCAGGUCAUUUAUCAUACAAAAAGGAAAACAAGUAUCGAGCAGCUUGUGCAAAUGCUUGUGAAAGAGCCAUGACCUAUUUAAAACAAGGAGCCACGGCAGUCGAUGCUGUGACAUUGGCCAUUAUCGAACUUGAAGAUCAUCCUAUUACGAAUGCAGGCUAUGGAUCAAAUUUGACCUUCAAAGGAAAAGUGGAAUGUGAUGCUAGCUUGAUGGAUGGUCAAUCUAGUCAUUUCGGUGGAGUGGGCGCAGUCUCCGGUGUAAAGAAUCCAAUUAAAUUAUGUCAACGAAUGGUACAAGAAAACAAAAAAGGCUUGAUGUCUUUAGGUAGAGUUCCUCCUAUAUUUCUAUGUGGAUCAGGGGCAAAAGAAUGGGCACAAUUACACCAUGUGGAUACUGUUCCCGAAGAUUCUUUGAUUGAAGAACAAGCAUUCAAUACUUAUAUGACUCAUAUGCAAAUGGUCCACGACAAUAUGAAACAAGGUAGUAGUAGUAGUGAUGCUGAUUUUGGACAUGAUACUGUAGGUGCAAUUUGUGUGGAUGAAUUUGGCAAUAUAGCUUCAGGUGUCAGUAGUGGUGGGAUCUCAUUAAAAUCUCCAGGAAGAAUAGGUGAAGCUGCUAUGUAUGGUAGUGGAUGUUGGGCUCAAAACCAAAAUGGAACAAACACAGCUGGUCUGGCUUGUAGUGUAUCUGGUACUGGAGAACAAAUCAUGCGUAGUAGAUUUACCAACAAAUGUAUGGAUCGAUUACUUAUCGAAGAUGAUAUGCAUCAUGCUUUGAGUUCUGCACUAAAGAAGGAUUUUUUAGAUUCUCCUUUCUUGACAAUGUAUGACGAUAAAUCAGUAGGAUUGAUUGCUUUAAGGUUAUCCAAAAAGAUCGAAUUUUGGUAUGGUCAUGUUACGGAAAGCAUGGGAAUAGGUUAUAUGUCAUCAACGUCAAACAAGUCAAAAACAUUUAUAUCAAGAAAACCGAACAACGAAGCCUUCGUUAUCUCUGGUUCUUUAGUUAAUUAAUUAGAUUAUAAACUUAUUUAUAAAAUGGAUGAUGAUAUAUAAUAAAGAAAAUAAACGCAAUCCAAGGGAAAGAUCCAGUAGAGCGAUUCUGAUUGUCUUGAUAGUCUUUUUUUUCCUUUUUCAAAUUUCGAAGUCAG